UAUAUACUUGAAUAAAAUGUUAAAUAAAAAGACACGUUUAAUUAGCUUAAGCGAUAUAAAUCGAAAUUAAAAAUUUUAGUAUAAAAAUUCUUGGCGCGGGUUUAGAAUGUCUUUGAUCCAUCACUGUCAGAACGCAACACGAAACCGGUCAGUCAGUCUCUUGCAAGAAAGAAGAACGUAUAUUUAUUCCAAUCUUCUCUUAAAUAUUCUUUUCACAUAUGAAUUCGCACGCACUUUUUAUAUAAUUUUCGCAACAAAAUUUUUAAAGUAAUUUUUAAAAAUAAUUUUUUAUAAUCUUCGUAAAAGAGCUAUGGAUAUAUUGGAUAAUCUUCGUAAAGAUAUAUGGUUAUAAUUAUUUAUUCAAUCUAAAAAUGUAUCAGAACAAUAAGAAUAAGAAUUCUUCGAAAAUUUAAUAUUUAAUCAUUUCUUUGUCAUGUAUGAAUUCAUCAUUCAAGAACAAUAAUAAUUUUUUAAACAAGUUUAGUUCACAUCAUGCUUAGAAACUACAAAAGAAUCAUUGUUCAAAUUUUGAAGUAUGUCAUUGCUUGUGGUUCGAUUUUUUGUAUUGUGAAAUCGUUACUCGUGGAAAAUGAAAACAACAAAAUACCAAAGUUCAACGAUCUGGAGAAUUUAAUGAUUAAAACAGAAAUGGAAAAUUCGAAGCGAUUAUUGACUGUAAGAAACACGUGUCAAAAAUAUAAUUUAGGUGUAUACAAAGAUCCUAGCAAACCUUCUGCAUUUAAACAUCCGCCGACACCUCAGUAUAGUGUUUUUUACAUUGUCAGAUCACGCGAUCUAUCAUACUGUCCAAUUUACAAAGCCGGCAGUACAACGUGGAUUUACAAUUUAUGUCUCUUAAUGAAUGUGCGGGAGGAAGAGUUAAACAGUGGAAAAGAGCAGAUAUCGACCAUCGCCAGAAGAGCAAUACCGGAACUCGAGUUUCCAGAGGCGGCCGAGGCAUUACGAACGACGAAGAAACUGUUGGUGGUAAGGCAUCCAUUUGAAAGAUUGCUGAGCGCGUAUCGCGAUAAACUGGAAAACUCCGUGGCUGGAAGGGAACACGGGACACUUCACUUUUAUCGGAAAUACGGCAGCAAGAUUGUUGAAAAGUACCAGACGAAUUUCACACCUCCUGAGGAGUAUUUGGUGAUCAGACGAAAGGAUGUACCACUACCAGCGGGAAUCGAGCCAACUUUCCGUGAAUUCGUCCAAUAUUUAAUUCAUACUGAUUUGGCCAAUUACGGGGACGAUCAUUGGAUACCCUACUACUUGUACUGCACACCAUGCCUCGUUGAUUAUGACAUCAUUGCAAAGAUAGAAACAUUACGGCUGGAUCAGAUUUAUACGAUACAUAAACUACAUCUUCAAGAUACGAUUAAACCGAGAUGGCGUCAUAAUAGUGGUUACGAGAAUGCAUCAAAGAUAUACUUUGGCCAAUUGAACAAAGAUCUGAUACAAAAAUUGUACGAAAAAUUCCAGCUGGACUUCGAGCUUUUCGAUUAUUCACCAGAUGACUAUUAUCAAUAUGCAACAGCUUCUUAAAGUGUCCUGAUAAAUUUUUUCGUA